ACCUAGGGUUUCCCUUGUCUCUGAGAUCUUUCGAUUCUCUUCCCUCUGUCUAUCUAUCGAGUAUGAUGCAACAACCACCAGCAGGAGGCGUCGCUCCGCCGCAGUCCAUGGCAGCUGAUCAGUCUCAAACCCAGCAGUACCAGCAGCAACCGCAGUCGCAGCCGUGGAUGAUGAUGCAACAGCAGCAACAACCGCAGGCAGGUCAGCCGGUUCCUCCCCCUUCCGGUUGGGCUCCGCAACCCGUCCCUCCGCCCAGUCAGAUGCAGCAGUACCCCGCCGGUUCAGCCACCGCCGGCUCCAGCGAGAUUCGAUCCCUCUGGAUCGGUGAUCUUCAGCAGUGGAUGGAUGAGAAUUACCUCAUCAACAUCUUCGCUCACACCGGAGAGGUGGCUUCCGCUAAGGUGAUUAGGAAUAAGCAAACGGGGCUACCAGAGGGGUAUGGGUUUAUCGAGUUUGUGUCACGUGCAGCAGCUGAGAGGGUUUUGCAGUCGUAUAAUGGGGUGCCAAUGCCGAAUUCUGAGCAGAAUUUUAGGUUGAAUUGGGCGGCACUUGGAUAUGGGGAAAAGAGGCAAGAUGAGGGUCCUGAUUACACAAUCUUUGUUGGGGAUUUGGCUGCGGAUGUUUCAGAUUAUAUGUUGCAAGAGACUUUUAAAGCUGUUUACCCAUCUGUGAAGGGUGCCAAAGUUGUCACUGAUAGGACUACAGGACGGUCUAAAGGUUAUGGCUUUGUGAGGUUUGGUGAUGAAACAGAGCAGCUUCGUGCCAUGACCGAAAUGAACGGGAUUUAUUGUUCAACAAGGGCAAUGCGGAUUGGUCCAGCUGCUAAUAAGAAGCCAGUCACUGGUCAGCAGUAUCCGAAAGCUUCUUACCAGAAUACUCAAGGAAAUCCUGGCGAGAAUGAUCCAAAUAAUACCACAAUAUUUGUCGGUGGUUUGGAUCCCAGUGUUUCUGAAGAUCAAUUAAAACAAAUAUUUAGCCAGCUGGGUGAGGUAGUUCAUGUAAAAAUUCCUGCUAACAAGCAUUGUGGUUUUGUUCAAUAUGCUAACAGGACUAGCGCAGAGCAAGCUUUAUCAGUUUUGAAUGGCACCAUGUUAGGAGGAAGAAACAUUCGACUUUCAUGGGGACGUAGUCCUUCUAGCAAACAGGCUCAACCAGAUCAGGCCCAGUGGAAUGGUGGAUAUUAUGGAUAUGCUCAAGGAUUUGAAGCAUAUGGAUAUGCACCUCCUCCCCAAGAUCCUAACAUGUACUAUGGGGGCUAUCCUGGAUACGGGAAUUACCAGCAGCCAGGAGCUUACCAACAACCACAACAGUGAGGUGUGGUUGCUGUACCGUGGCUCGAAACUGGUCCAGUCUGAUCCAGGGCACUCUAGGUGUUGCUUUUAUUUGAUAUGUUUUAAGAUUGUGGGUUUUCAUUGGCUGGUGUACGAUGUUGUGGUUGUUUCUCUGAGAGGGUCAUGUUCCCUCUUCUUUUUUUUUUUUUCCUUUUUUUUCUUUUGCUUCCCUUUCAUGUUUCAUCCCAUCUCUUUACCUCUCUUCCCUUUUGAUAUUGAGUUUUCUAGUCUAUGGGCAAUGUUGCUGCAGGCUGAAUACAAUUGCCAUUCACAGUCUUACAUACCAUAGUUGGUUGGACUGAAUGCUUUUUAAUGGUUAUUAAGAUUAUGCU